AUGGCCCAACAUAAAAUGAAAGCUUCUCUCCCUAAGGGGGUUAAAAACAAAGUCAAGAAGGCUAAACCUCAAGGUGUGCCCAAACGUGGCCAUGCCGUACACAUUGCGCCUAAAAGAGCGUGUGUCAUUGCACAAGAAAAAGUUGCAGCUGAGGUUACUCGAGUAAUUAACGAAAAGAACGAAGAUAUCUUGAAGGGUCGCGCUGAUACAGCUGUUGGCAGAAAAUAA